CCUGGCAAGGUGGACCCAGGCUGCUGUCCCAGGCCCCUCUUUCUUUGGCUGGCAUUCUGGGGCGGGCUGGCCAGAAUGACAGAUGGAGUUCUGGAAGGGAUAUCCUAAUGCAGUCUACUCAGUCCGAGACCCUGCACAGAGCUCAGAUGCCAUAGUAGCAGGGGAGAAGGCCACAAACCCAGCCAACAAGAUACAGCAGGAACAGAAGGUUCUGGUCUAACGAUUGAGUGUAAAUGGGAAUCUGGCCCCACCCACACGUCAGGAUAUAUUUCCCAGAGUUCUGACACCUCAAAGUGCUCAUUUUCAGAGUGCUUCUUCUCUGCCUUGCCCCUGUGCAUCCUUGGUCGUCGCUUACAAGUGAAUAACUGGUUGUUAUGGCAGGAGGCCCCCUUAGCAUCAAGGAGGAAAUGGAAAUGUCUAUGGAUGAAGACCUGAUUCUUGUAAACCAUGGUAAAAGUCAAGAGCACCUGGUGAUAGCAGAAAUAAUAGAUCAUGGAUCCCGGUCCCGGGGUACCUCUCAGCGGCGAAAGAAGUUGGAGUCAAAGGCUGCUGGCUCUGCUGGAGGCCAACACGUUUGGAAUGUGACUGACUCCCGGCCCAGGAAAAUGGGUACUCAGCUGCCGGUACGCAGAAUGGCGAGAGAACCAGGCCAUGGGGAUGGUCAUCCCCGGGAGUGUCCUGGCAGCUUCCAUGGCACAAGAUUCCAUUACGAGUGCAACUCAGAGGAAGAUAUGAUUGCAGAGAUUGGCUUGGAAGAGACACAUGAACUGGAGAUAGAAGCCAUAAGAAAGCAGCAGCGUGUGAACAAUGAGCGUCUGAGCACCCUGGAGGACCAGGAAAUUGCCAGAACCCAGAGGGAAGUUAUGCUCUUCAGCAUGCUGCUGUCGGUCUGCAUAGUCAACCUGUGGCUGUGGAUUCGCCAGUGAUGCUUCACCAGCCAUCCUACCAACAGAGCUUUCUCCUCCUUCCCUUUAUUCCUUUCUUUCCCUGGGCCACCCUUGCCCUUCCUCCUUCUGUUUCCCAGCAGCCCCCAGCAGCGGCAGGGCCAUUUUCUAACUCUGGUUGGAUCCCCUGCUUGGGGAGGCCUUUAGCUGCUGGGAAGUGCAGGAAGAUCCGAAAGGGCUGAGAUGCAGCCCUUUGGAGGGUGAAGGGGGGAGGGGGCAUAUGAUCCUCACAGUAACACCAGUGGCAGGUGCUUCCUGCUUGUCUAUCAGGACUCCACAGUGACCAUCUUGUCCCUUUUGUUCCAUCCUAUGUGGCAGGGGCUUGGCUAUGUUUUCCUGUUUCCUUCCAUGUUGUGCACAGGGUUCUGCACAGAGAAAAUGCUCAAUAAAAGUUCAGUG